AUGACGACGAUCGUAUGCAAACGUCUGGUGCAGCAGCGGGUUGCCCGCGCGAAUUGGAUGGUGAGCGACGGUUGCCGUACCCUCACCACCAGUGCUCCGUGGCUUGCAGGUCACAAUCGAUGGUCUCAGAUCAAACAUGACAAGGCCAAGAAUGACAAGGCCAAAAGCAAGGAACGCCAGCUUAUCGGCAAAGAAAUCAGCAAUGCGACUCAGAUGUGGGGUCCCGAUCCUAAAUUCAACCCGCGCCUUACCCUCGCCCUUUCGAAUGCAAAGCGAGCAGGAAUUCCUAAGACUGUGAUCGAAGCGGCAGUUGCUCGAGGACAAGGCAUAAGUGUCACUGGUGAAGCUCUGGAGCAGGUCACAGUCGAGGCUAUUCUCCCGCAUUCGGUUGCGGCCGUUCUCGAGUGCCUGACCGAUCAGAAAGCCCGCGUAUUGCAAGACGUUCGACAUGCUAUUAAAGAUGCCGGGGGCAUCGUCACACCUACCACAUACCUCUUUGAGAAGAAGGGCAGGAUCAUUUUCGAGAAGAAGGAUGGGGUGGAUCCCGACAACUAUAUAGACCAGGCUAUCGAAGCAGGUGCGACGGACAUCACAGCGGAUGAACAAGGCCGGCUCCUUGUCUUCACGGAACCUACAGAAACAAAGAGUGUGGGCGAAGCCCUCAGUAAAAUGAUUGGCAUGUCAAUCGAGGAGCUGGAUAUCAUUUGGGAUCCCAACCAAGACACAAUAGUCGAUCUCAAGGAUGAGGCGCAAGUCGCGGAAAUGGAGGAUAUCAUCAGUGACCUUCGAGAAGAGCCAAGUCUACGAGAUAUCUACCUGAACACGGUUCAGCGCUUCUGA